CUUCUUGCUGGCUUCUCUGCCUUUUAAUCGUCAGCAAGUCUCCUGCCGAUGAGAGCAAGGUGGUGACCCUAGUCGUGCCCUCCUCCUCCUCCUCCACCACCGUUAUUCUCAGAGUAAGAUAGGGUAGUCAAAAAUUCAACCAGAGCUGUGAUCAGGGAGCGUGCAGAGAUGCCGACCAUCAUCAUCAAGGUAGACCUCGACUGCGGCCGCUGCCACGGCAAGAUGAGGAAGGUGCUCGACAGGAUCCGAGAGAAGGGCGAGUUCGUCAUCGACGAAAUCAAGUACGACGAGAAGAAGAACCAGGUGACCGUGUCGGGCCCCUUCGACGCCGACAAGCUGGCCGACAAGCUGUGCUGCAAGGCGUGCAACAUCAUCAAGGAGAUCGAGAUCGUCGAGCCUCCGCCCAAGAAAGAGGAGAUCAAGCCUCCGCCGCCGAAGGAGAAGGCCAAGUCCCCGGGCCCGGCCAAGGACGAGAAGGUCAAGGUGGAGGGUCCGGCGAAGGAGAAACAGCCGCCGGCCAAGGUCGUGGAGGUGCCGGUGCCGUACCCGUGCCCCUACCCCUACCCGUUCCCGUCCGGCUGCUGCUGCCACCACCAGGGACACGGCGGCUGCCAGUGCCCUCCGCCGGCGCCGGCGCCCCAGCCGCUGUAUCCCUGCGGCGGCUACAUGAUGGUCUGCGAGGACGACCCGUCCGGCGCCUGCGCCAUCAUGUGACUCGCUACGCUCUACCUAACCUAAACCACCGGUGUUACUCCAGUUCGGUAGUUCCUCAUGUAUAAGCACCGUACACACGCACCACAUAUACGACCAAUCCCAGCGGAAGUUAUGCAAUAAAAAUCCCACAUUCGUGUAAGUGAAACCGAUGAGGAGGAAGAAAGACGUCAGUCAGUGGCAGCAGAGCACUCCCGCUUUGUUUAUGUUGCAUUCCGUUACACUUCGUGACCUUCACCAACCCCA